AUGACAAUCGCGGUCCUGGCGACUACUACGACUACCACAAAGCGUCGCGAACCGCUGGGGACGAUUACAAUGGCGGCCCCAAAGGCGCAAUCGCAAUCCGCGGGCGCGUCCAAAGGUACAGUGGAACGGAGGACUACGCGAUUAAGCGCAAGUAAUCAAGGGCUCGAGGAGAUGGCAAAGGACGGGAAGCGGAAACCUGUGCAAUACGAGGAGGAUGAUGGAUUUCAAUUCUCGCGGAAACCCUCCAAGAAGCCCCGGCCUUCAAUUGAAGCGAUUCCCGAAAACCUCAAUUCGGAUAUUGAGAAUGCGCCUCCAAAGUCAACACCGAGACGAGGGCGGCCACCGAAGAAGCGACCCGAAGACAAAACUGGUUCAGGCGGGAUGCCAGCGAAGGGGGUAUCCAUGGAGCUCCCGAGUAGGAGACCAACGAGGGGGUCCGGGAAGACGAACACAGAAUCAGAAGCUCAACCAGCAACUGCGACGCGCUCAUCCCACAACCGCGAUAGCCCAGAACAGCAGCCAGAGGCCAAGAAACCAAGGAAAGGACGACCCCCCAAAGCGAAAGCGCCAGAGACGAACGGAUACUAUUCACCAGAACAACCGCCCGCGGGAACCAAGGUGGCACUACCUACGGCCGAUACUCCGGUGAUCCAGCGCAACAAGGAGCUGCGGGGUGUGAAGGGCGAUAAAAAAGGACGACGAAGCAGCUUGAGCAGACGGGGGCGACGGGCCAGUGAUUUAAUUGACUCGGGUACAUCAAAUGCAUUACCCCAUCGAGAAGUCAGCGUGGCAGAUUUCUAUAAACACAUUGCCGAUGAAGGUCUUCCGGAGCCGCGAAGGAUGCGCCAGCUUUUGAUCUGGUGUGCAACUCGUGCGCUUGGCGACAAGCCUUCAGGGGCCUCAAAUUCAGAUGACCAAAGUGCGCGUUUAGCAGCGCGUGUGAUACAAGAGGAGCUACUUCGGGAAUUCUCGAGCAAUUCAGAGCUUUCCAACUGGUUUUCUCGCGAAGAAUUGAAUCCCCCAGCUGUGAUCGUGAAGAAACCGAACCCACGAAACGUGCAGAACACAGAUAAGAUCAAGGAAUUGGAGGAGCACAUCCAAAAACUACAAAAAGAACGACAGUCCCUCAAUGCAAUCCUUCGUCAACCAGCGAUUCCAGCUCUCAAAUCCGAGUCGCAACCGGACGAUCAGCAAAAGACGAAACGAUCCUCCAAGAAAUCACGGGAAGAAGUCGAUCCCUCUCUUCUAGACCCCUCUCAACAAGCCAUAUUGAGAUCUCUCAACCCUCCGACUCAGCCAUCAGAAGAGGAAUCUUCUACCUCAUCUUCUACUCGACCACCUAUGACCCCAUCUGCCGUCUCAUCUCAACUAUCACGCAUUACAGCUGGCCUAGCACCAACGCUCGACGCCUUCGCGGCCGGUGUACAUGAUAUUGAACUGUACCGCGCUUCUGCUGACACUGUCUCAUCCCGAAUACUCCGCAUUUGCUCACAACGACUGGAAGAGCGCGACGCGCACAAUACACAAAGCCGUCUCGCAAUCGAAGGCGACAACAGAAACCAGCCAGCAGAUGUGCCAAGGCCCCGAGAAGACCUGGGUCUUAUCCUGGGAGCUCUCAGCCGACUCGAGAGGCGAUAG